CGGGCUGGAUAUUGAUGUACUGCUUAAAACUUCGCUCAGCCACCUCAUCCCGAAGCUGCUGCUUAAUUUUGCGGGAAAUUUUGCGCUUAGACCAGCCCUGUUCCUCCCAUAUCCACCAGAUGAUAUUGGCAGACUGUGGGCGAAUAGGCACCCAUUGGUUGCAACUGUUGUGCACUUUCUGUAAUAGAUGCGGCAUCUGCGGCAGUUUUAGUUGCAACAGAAAUGGCGGUGGCUGCUGCUACAGACGCAGCGGCUGAAGUGGUUGCAGCUGCGACGGAAUUAGCAGCAGUAGUUUGUUGCGGCUGCGACAGAAUUGUG